GUUUGAUGAUUUCCUCUGUUGUGUCUAAUAAGGGAACAGUGAGUGUCAUUGGCAGCUGUGAGUCUCUCUCUCUCUUUAGGGGGCUGACAGGAGCCAGUUUCUUCAGUGUGUUUGAGGAGCAGACGAGAAACUUGUGCUGUGCUCUGAGUUGAUGAAGUAGUGUGUGUCGAGCUGAAGGAGAAGAUGGAGAACUGUCUGAUGCUGAUGUUUCUGUGUUAUAUGAUAAAACUCAUCACCUCUGACAGUGUGAGUGUGAGGUUGGUGAAUGGUAGUUAUCCCUGUGAUGGUCGAGUGGAGGUUUAUAAUGAUGGUCAGUGGGGAACAGUGUGUCAUUAUUAUUGGGAUAUUGCUGAUGCUGCAGUGGUGUGUAGAGAGCUGGACUGUGGGACGGCUGUAAAAGCAACACAUGAAGCUCACUUUGGACAAGGAUCAGGACCAAUUUCAAUGGCUCUUGUAGGAUGUAGUGGAUCAGAGACUGCACUGAAAGACUGCUGGUCAGACAGCGAGGUUGCACAGCAGAACUGUAAUCAUGAUGAAGAUGCUGGUGUCAUCUGUUCAGACUCAGAGCAAAGACUUCGACUUGUGGACGGGCUUCACCUGUGCUCUGGGAGAGUGGAGAUGUUUCGUACAGAAGGAUGGGGUUCAGUGUGUGACGCUGUCUUUGACCAGCAGGAUGCAGAGGUUGUGUGUAAACAGCUGGACUGUGGGGCUCCUGUACAGGUGCUGGGAGCAGCUGCUUUUGGUAAAGGAAAAGGCCGUGUUUGGUCAGAGGAGAUUCAGUGCAGAGGAAAUGAAUCUCAGAUAGACGUCUGUUCACGAUCAUCUUCACAGAAACACAGCUGUUCUCAUGACAAUGAUGUGGGAGUGAUCUGUUCUGGUUACACAGAUCUCAGGCUGGUGAAUGGUUCAGAAUCUUGUUCUGGACGAGUGGAGCUUCAGUAUCUCGAUAAAUGGGGCACAGUGUGUGAUGCAUGCUGGGAUAUGAGAGCUGCUAGUGUCCUCUGUAAACAGCUGAAUUGUGGGAUUGCUGUGUCUGUUGUGGGAUCAGACUGGUUUGGAGAGGGAAGUGUUGAAAUCUGGGCUGAUGUGUUUGAUUGUGACGGGAAUGAAACAAAACUCUCAGAAUGUUCCAUCUCUUCAUGGAGUCGAGCUGAAUGUUCUCACAGACGAGAUGUUGGAGUUAUCUGCUCAAACAGUAAAGCUCAUCUGGAGAACUGCAGCUCUUCACAAACUCUCAACUGCAGCUCCACACAACAUCUGUCAGUGAAGAACACUGGUCGUGGGUCCAUCAGGCUGGUGGGUUCUGGGGGAGACUGUGCAGGGAGGCUGGAGGUUUUUCACAAUGGCUCAUGGGGGACAGUGUGUGAUGACUCCUGGGAUAUUAAAGAUGCCCAUGUGGUGUGCAGACAGCUGCAGUGUGGAGUGGCCCUCAGUAACCAGCAGGUACCAGCCUGGUUUGGUCCUGGUUCUGGACACAUAUGGCUGGAUGAGGUGGAGUGUGAGGGGAAUGAGACGUCCCUGUGGAGCUGCUCUUCUUCAGGCUGGGGAAAACAUGACUGUAGUCACAAGGAGGAUGUAGGGGUUGUGUGCUCAGAGUUUAAAGAGAUCAGGUUAACUGAGGGCUGUGAAGGGAAUGUGGAGGUUUUCUACAAUGGAUCCUGGGGUAAUGUGUGCUGGAACCAGAUGAACAGAGACACAGUGAGUCUGAUCUGUCAAGAGCUGAACUGUGGAAGAUCUGGUGUUUUGUCUGCUUCUGCACCAAGACUGAAAUCAGCUCCUAACUGGCUGGAUAAAGUUACAUGUCGACCACAUGAUUCCUCUUUAUGGCAGUGUCCAUCUUCACCCUGGGGACUGAAUAACUGUGAUGAAGAUGAGGUGGCCAAAAUUAUCUGCUCGAGUAAGAUCAAUUUAAAUGUUUUUUGGAUUUAAUAUGGUCAGGUUUAU